AUGGCUUAUAAUGGCUACGCUCAAGAUAUGGAUGGAAUCGAGACUUCGGGCCCCAAAGUCACCGUCAGAGAGGUCGAGCAAGACCGAUGCGACUUUGUUCUACAGUCAUGUUCGUUAUCAUUAGCUAAUUCCUUACGCCGCGCUAUGCUCGCCGAGAUACCCACCAUCGCCAUCGAUCUUGUCGACAUCACCACGAAUUCUUCAGUCCUACCAGACGAGUACCUCGCGCACAGACUCGGUCUGAUUCCCCUUUACAGCAAAGGCGUUUCCUCAAUGAAGUACACGAGGGACUGCGACUGUGAUGAUCAUUGCGAAUAUUGCUCCGUUGAGCUCAGAUUACACGUCAAGUGCACCAGGCCGGGGACGAUGAUGGUUUACGCCCGCGACCUUACCGUCAUCGUUGGUCCGACAGGCGUAGCCCCUCCACUUGUUCAGGCCGGAGUCGGCUCUCCUGUGAUUCGAGAUACGAACGGCACUGGCCCGCUGAUCGCCAAACUGAGACAAGGUCAAGAGAUCGAUCUUAAAUGCAUUGCGAAGAAGGGCAUUGCCAAAGAACACGCAAAGUGGGCUCCAACAUCGGCCCUAGGGUUCGAAUACGACCCAAACAACAAGCUGCGACACGUGGAUUACUGGUAUGAAACCGACGCAAAAGAAGAAUGGCCCGUGGACGAACGCAAUGCUACUUGGGAAGGCGAUGACACGGCUGCCGAUGCUGCCUUUGAUCCUGACGCUGUUCCAAGCGCAUUUUUCCUCGAUGUCGAGGGCAUCGGGACGCUUGAACCGGAUGACAUAGUUGCAGAAGGAAUCGACGUACUCCAAAAAAAGCUUGCAGAGACACUGAAGGUAUUGGGAGGUGCGGAUGAUGAGGCCAACGGGAUGAAUGGCAUUCAGAGCCCCGAUGGCUACGAACCUGCACCAGCAAACGGAGUCUACGGAGCUUAUGGCGUACAAGGAGGGACGACGCCGUACGGCGCAGGUUCUUAUGGGGGAUACGGAUCAUAUUAA